AUGUUCAUCCUCCUCACAUCCUUUCUCUUCCUCUUCACCACUUCCGCCAAAAACCCCAAUUGGGACGCAACCGUCAGCAUGAAAGCAGCCGCCAUGGGCUCCGUCUUUCGAGACUGCUACCUCAGAACGGACGAGAUCGAUUCGCUGUGUAUUACAACGGUCAUGACCCACACGGCGCGCCAGGAGGCUUGUACUGUCACUGUGGAUUGUGUAGGAGAUCGAGGCUUACGAGAGGGUAGGGACUCAUCCGAUGGAGAUGCCGACGCCUAA